UAAAGGUUGGGGGGAGGGGAGAAAAUUGGGGAAUGGGCAAUUGGGGAGACGACAACGCGCAAGCUUCCAGAGGCCCCGGAUCUCGCCACCUGGCAGUCCAGUCCGCCUGUGACCUCACCUGGGCACAGCCUCCCUACCCCCAACUCCACGCCCCGCAGUCACAAAGUAGCCGAGUGCGGGGGCCCGAGCGUGCGGGCCUGGCGCACCCCAUCCAGGGCCAGGAAGCCCAGCUAGGUCUUGCAGCCUAAGGGACCGUCGAGUUGGGGACCCCGGCACCCCUAACAUGGGCAGGCUCCAAGCCCCGCCGGCGGGAGCUCUUAAUAGAAGAAAUGUGGCUCUCUCUAGUGCCCAGUACAAGGGUCACCGGCCGGGAGAAAGCAAACGGGAGGAUCCCCACAAGGGCCGAGCCCCGCCCGGGGCGGGCCGGGGACGUGCUCGCGCGCCUGCGCGGAGUCGGUGUUGGCCUUCUCCGGUCGCGAGGUGAUUGGGGGCCACAGGCGGCAAGUGGAAGGUUAACGUGGCGCUAGGCUCCCUCGCCUCCCCUGCCUCCUGCUCAGUGUGCCUUGGCCCCGGCUUCCCCUUCGCCCUCCCUUCGACAUUAGCAUCCCCCGACGAGGCCCGAGGCGCUGGGAAGACUCGAGCCAGCCCGAACGUAGGAGCGAAACGUUUCUAAAGCUCGCGCCGUCCCGUCAAAGGACAGUAACUGGGACGGUGCGGGAGCCGUGGGGGGUGGUCGGACGGUUAGACGCCCAGACCCGGAGGGACUCGCCAAGGUGCCCUGGAGUAAGGGGUCGGGCGACCGUCAGCGCCUGGGCAGGUGUAGGGCCCAAGCCACAGAAGUUGGGGGGAGAGAGUUACCCCUCCCCGCGACAUCCAUUCAUCCAACACGUCUGAAGUGAGCAACUUGGUUCCAGUUCAGGCCCCUGCCCUCCCGGAGCUCGCUGUCUACCUGGGGAGAAACACUGUACCCAAUAAGCACACUUUCAAAGUGAUCUGGGGCAUGAAGAAAAUAACUGUGGCACGGCGCUGUGAUGGGGAGGGGAAGCGGACAGCGUUACAGGCCGGCCAAAGGCAGCUUUGCUGGCGUCUGGGCUGGGAUCUGAGUGAGAAGAGGCAGGCCACGGGACGGCGGGCGAAAGGGGGUCGCGGAGCACCCCCGAGUGGCACACGGCGCUUCGGGCCGCGCUGCGCGAGGGGUUAGGCCUCCCGGCGUGCUGAGAAGUAGUCCCGGCUCGGCGCCCGGCCCCGCCCCUGCAGGGCGGAGGGACGCAUCACGCAGGGGUGGGGAAGCCGGAUCCAUGCGCAGGGUUGCUAAGGGUGAAACUUUUCAUUGACUUUGCUCACUUCGGGCCGGGGCGCGGGAAGGUGCGGGUCGUUGCCGGAGAGAAGCGAGUGGCUCGGGCGACGCGGGGCCAGAAGGGCAGGACCGCCCGCUGGCCAGAGCCCGGACCGUCCUCCGCCCUGCGACACGAGCCGCCCUUCGGUCCGACAUCCCCGCGCCGUCGCCGCCGGCCGGCCCGCCCGCCUUCCGUCCCCCCUUGGCCGAGCCUGACCUCCAAAAAGCUGAAAGAAUUAUUAUUGAGAAUCAUAGCCCCAAACUCCCUUACUUGCUCCCAACCUUCAACGAAGAAAAAGACCCAUCAGCCUCCGGCCCGGCGGCGCCCGGGAAGGAAGAAAGAACGACCACCGUACCGCGCCCCGGACUACCCUGGAAGGGAGAAGCCACCCUGAACGGCCCCGCCGCCGCGGAGACCCGACAACUCCAGAAGGAGACCACCCAGCCCAAGGAAUACAGAUUAAGUGGCAGUGUUGGAGCUCUCUGGAGCCCAAGGCUGCCUAUCUUACGUCACCUGCCACUGCCCUUGGUUUGCACUCUUGCCGUGAGCUGACUCGCCACCUAGGAGAGCAAGGACCAUGCAGCUGGAGAUCAAAGUGGCCCUGAACUUUAUCAUCUCCUACUUGUAUAAUAAGCUGCCCCGGCGCCGGGCAGACCUGUUUGGGGAGGAGCUUGAGCGGCUCUUGAAAAAGAAAUAUGAAGGCCACUGGUACCCUGACAAGCCACUGAAGGGCUCUGGCUUCCGCUGUGUUCACAUCGGGGAGAUCGUGGACCCCGUGGUGGAGCUGGCCGCCAAGCGGAGCGGCCUGGCAGUGGAGGAUGUGCGGGCCAAUGUGCCUGAAGAGCUGAGCGUCUGGAUCGACCCUUUCGAGGUGUCCUACCAGAUCGGUGAGAAGGGGGCAGUGAAAGUGCUGUACCUGGAUGACAGCGAGGGCUGUGUUGCACCAGAGCUGGACAAGGAGUUCAAGAGCAGUUUCAACCCUGAUGCCCAGGUCUUCGUGCCCAUCGGCAGCCAGGACAGCUCCCUUUCCAACUCCCCGUCACCAUCCUUCGGCCAGUCACCCAGCCCCACUUUCAUCCCCCGCUCCGCCCAGCCCAUCACCUUCACCACUGCCUCCUUCGCUGCCACCAAGUUUGGCUCCACCAAGAUGAAGAAGGGGGGUGCGGCAGCAAAUGGCGGGGGCAUGGCCGGCGGCGGGGCAAGUGGCCAGCAGCCUCCCCAGCAGCAGCCCCGCAUGGCCCGCUCUCCCACCAACAACCUGCUGAAGCACAAGAGCCUCUCUUUGUCUCUGCACUCGCUGAACUUCAUUGCGGCCAACCCGGCCCCUCAGUCCCAGCUCUCCCCCAAUGCCAAGGAGUUCGUGUACAACGGGGGCUCUCCCGGCCUCUUCUUUGACGGGGCCGAUGGCGGGGGCAGUGGGGCCGGCACGUGCAACAGCAGCGGCUUCGACGUGGCCCAGGUAUUUGGAGGCGGCACCAACAGCCUCUUCCUGGAGAAGACCCCCUUCGUGGAAGGCCUCAGCUACAACCUGAGCACCAUGCAGUACCCCAGCCAGCCCUUCCAGCCGGUUGUGCUGGCCAACUGACCGCCCACCCGCCACGGGGCCAGGAGCGCCCAAGACCACAGAAAAGAGAAAGGAAAAGAAAGGCCAAAAAAAGAGGAAAAGAAAAAUACACAAAAAGAUUUCCAGUCUUCGCACUCUGGCUUCUAGAAAAAAGAUCCGGUCCAGGCAUGGAGUGGGAGGGGGCUCCUGAAGCACCGAAUCUGUUUAACUCAACCCCCUGCUGCUUUCCUGCCUGCCUCUGAUUUAUUUGAUUGGUUUGGGUUUUAUAUUUUUUCUUUUUUUUUUUCUUUUUUCUUUCUUUUUUUUUUUUUUUUUACAUGUAGUUUUCUAUAUAACAUCUUUAAUUAGCAGCUUCCUGUGCUAAGAAUGGUCCAGAUGUGAAUUGCUGCUCCCUGUUCCCUCCCUCCCUCCCUCCCUCACACUGUUGAGGAUCGCGUGUCCUCUCUCACAGGGAAGGAAGAGCCGGAAGAGGCGCAGCUGGGGCCUGACCCUGCCCAGAGCAGGGAGAGGCUGCCUUGUGUCACUGCCUCUAUCACCCAGCUAUCCUUUUACUCAAAGCCAUCCAACCUCAGAGGGCCUUCUUGGGCCCUGCCACCCAAAUAGGUCUGACCCCAGCACCCACCCCCCCGCCUCUCAGGCCUGAGACACGGGGAGCUGCUGACUGGCGACUUGACACCCUCCCACUAGAGCUGAUGUCUGUGACUCCAGGUAGCACUCUGUCUGGUGGAACUGCUUUCAUCUCUGUCCUGUGUUCCCACGCCACCAUCCCCAUCUGGCUCGGACUAUCAUCGUGGCCCUGGAGACCCAUCCGUUGACACAUGUGGCUCUUCAUGCAGCCCCUUGUUCCCGGGGCCUGAGAUUGUGGGUAACGGGGCGGGGGGGGGGGGAGGGCAGGUGUGGGUGUGUGUGCGCGUCCAUGUGCGUGGUUUGCUGUCCUGUUUUAAAGGAUUCCAAGCCAUGUGAAACUACCCCCCCCCCCCGACAUGAUUCCAGGUUGCAGCAAGUGCUUAUUUAUGUAGGAGGCUGGGGAAUGGGCCGGGCGGGUGGUCAGUCCCUUUUGUAGGGUGGGUCAUGUGGUGGGGUGAGACUGCGGCUGAGCCUAAGACACUCCCAGGGGAAAAUACUGCAGAAGGAACUGGUUUCCAGACUGCGGAGGGAUCUGCACUUUUGUUUUUGACCAAAAAAAAAAAAAAAAAAGAAAAAAAAAAAAAAGAAAAGAAAGAAAAAAAAGGGUUAGCUGUGAGGGGCUGAGGGAAUACCAGCCCCUGUUGCCUAAGAGAAGUCCCUGGACUCAGAUCCUCCUAUUUGGUGACCUUAACCCAGGGUGGGAGCCGCUCACCUGAGCACCCUGGGGGGGGGGUGGGAGUUUGGGUCAGUGCCUACAGUGGGCAGUCCUGAGCCUUCAAUUGAGACUAAUUAGUCUUUUGGUUGUAGAUGUUAUUUUAGUAUGUUUCUGCCCCUGCCUGCAUGAGAACUUCUUGGUACCUCUUGGCAUCCCCUCUUACUGGCUGACCCGGUCCCACUUGGCCUUGAUGCCGUGAGGAGUGGUUUCCCGGGCAGGCCAGGUUGGACAGGCAUUUGACUAUGGCAGGCGGUGCGUGUGGAUUGUAAGAGAGCACCAGCUCCUGCCUCUGCCAGAAGAGGAGAUGUUUCUCCCACCCAACCCUAGUGAACCAGCUUUCACGCGCCGAUGCUUUGGCUGGUGGGCCACAUGGCGGCAGGGCCCCCGUCACCAAAAAGUACCAAAGCCCUUGGCACCCCACCCCACCCCCACCUCCUCAGUGACCCCCCAAGUGGGCAACCCCAAGUGGCAGUGGGUCCGGCCCAGACAGACACUGCCAGCCUCCCCUCCCUGCAGUGGGCACCAGCUCUACCUCCCCCAGCGGGGCAAUGCCCUGGCUCCUCAGCCCGGUAUCCUCUGUCCCCUAUGCUUCUCAGGGGCCAGCCCCAUCCGGGCCACCCUCUCCCUAGCCCUCAGCUCCCGCGCAAGUGACAGGCCCAGGCAGAUCGCUGCUCUCUGGGAAAGGUUGGAUGCUGCCUUAUUUAUGCCCUCUUCCAGCCCCCCUUUCCCUCCCUCACGUGCACAGGUACCUACCACCCCCCAGUCAGCUUGUUUCUCACCACAUCUAGGGAGAGGGGGAGAUCGACCCCUUAGUGUCUUUUGAAAUACGAAGAAAAAUGUUUGUUCAGGAGCAUGGCUCCAGUGCUGGACUCUUGGGCCCGGUUCAGUCUGUCUCGUCUCAGAUCUAGGCAUUUUUGCUUCAAUUUUAUUUUUUUUAAGGAAACAAAAACAAAACUCUGCACUAAUUUACCUGGUUUCGUAGGAAAACUUUUUUUUUAUUUUUUACAUUUUUUGGUGUCCGUUUGUAUUGAAUAAUUUGCUACAUUUGUAAAAUGUAAGAGGUAUAUAUAAUAUAUGUAUAUUUCUAACGUAAAAAACGUAAUUUUUUUCUUUUCAAGAUUUUUUCUUAAGAGGAGAGAAACGAUAUUUUUUCAGGAAAAACAAACUUUAAAAUAAAAAAAGAGGAGAAUUAAACCUAUUUCUCCCCUUUCCCCAUCCUCUCUCUGUCUGUCCCUCUUUCCCAGGAAUAAAUCAAAAGGUGGAUCGUCUUGUAAAGAAUGUAAACUCUUAGUCCAGAAUGAUGUAUUUUUCUCGAUGCAGUGAGCUAUAGAUUCUCUAGUUUGACCCCUAGGGAUGGGAAGGAGGGCAUUGAGGCAACGUGGAGAGGAGCUUGGGGGAGCAGGGUAAUGAACUUGUUUUCUUUAGUGAAGGAGGAAUACAAUCAAGCGUUUUGUAUUCAGAAUGUUGUGCAAUAUUUUGGAAUGGGACAUUGGUGUGUUUAGAGAUUUAGUUUAAAAACAAAACAAAAAGAUUGAUCAAAUCUGUACAGUUUAUAUUGUUCCAGAUUUUUUUAAGUUUGUAUUAAAAGCAUGAUAUAUAAUAGC